AUGGGUUCUUUGUCUGGGAUUAUUCAACGGCCACUUGUUGCUGCUGCUGCUGUUAUCGCCGCUUCUGUGUCUGCAGAUGUCUCUGAGAAGUUUUCUUCUAUUAGAUCACUAGUUCGAGGUUCUGAAUCUGCUGCUUCAGUGUCUGCUUCAGUUCAGGACGAAAGGUCCUUGUGGGUUUCUCAAAUCUCGGCCUCCAAGCUCGCGGAUUUGUCUUUUGUGUCGAGGAUUCGUUUCCCCGUACCUAAUGUUGAUUUUCUAGCUCCUAAUCCGAGCUGUAAUCUCGCUCCCUCUGUUACUUCUCUGUCUGCUCUUCGUAGUGUCUAUCAGUCUGCAGAAUUGGCUAAGGCGUCCAAACCAGUGACAUUUACAAUCGGGGCCUCGCUUGUGGUUCCUGAUGUUUCCUACAGGUGGCAUUUGCCUGAGACUAGUGCAAUUGAUUUGUCUGGUUCCUCGAGUUGUGCGUCUGAGAAGAAUAGAACUGUUGUGGUUUUGCUUGGAUGGCUUGGAUCGAAGCAGAAGCAUCUUAAGAAAUAUGCGGAUUGGUAUACUGCAAGGGGUUACCAUGUCAUUACAUUCACUCUUCCCAUGAAUGAGAUUAUGAGUUAUCAAGUUGGAGGAAAAGCAGAGAAGAACAUCGACUCGCUGGUUAAUCACUUGGCUGAUUGGUUGGAUGAAGAGCAACAGAAAAACCUCGUCUUUCACACCUUCAGCAACACUGGAUGGUUAACAUAUGGAGCCAUUCUGGAGAAGUUUCAGAAGCAAGAUUCAUCAUUGAUGCAAAGAGUUAAAGGUUGCAUCGUGGACUCAGCUCCUGUUGCUGCUGCAGAUCCUACGGUAUGGGCAUCGGGUUUCUCAGCUGCGCUCUUGAAGAAAAACAGCGUAGCCACUAAAGGAUCCGCAAGCUCAUCAUGUGAGUUAAACGUGGGAACGCAAAUUAACUUCUCUGAGCCUACACCUGCUGCAACAGAAACAGCUUUGCUUUUAGUACUCGAAAAGUUCUUUGCGGUGAUUCUAAAUCUUCCUAAAGUAAACAGGAGACUUACCAACGUUGUAGACACUUUAUCAUCAGAACAACCAAGAUGUCCACAGUUAUACAUUUACAGCUCUGCAGAUAGAGUUAUCCCCGCAGGACAAGUUGAAUCAUUCAUUGUAGAGCAGAGGAAAGCAGGACACGAGGUCCGUGCUUGUAACUUCAUAUCUUCACCUCAUGUAGACCAUUUCCGGAGUAACCCAGAACUGUAUACAGCUGAGCUCAACCAUUUCAUGGAAAACUCGGUCCUUGCUUGCUGCAAUCAUUCUUCAUAG